CAUAUAUAAAUCGACUCAGUUUUUAACGCUGAUUCCGAAUCUGAUAUUAGUUUUGAACCAAAUCGUAGCUUUCUAACAAAACAUCGCCUGAAAAAGGUCUCAAAAUGCACAAAAACUGCAUGCAGAAAGCAAAUUGCCUAGAUAUGUCUCAGUUGAUAAAAAACAAAGUGAAUAUACCUCUUCACUUUUUGAAGUACACAUAACACUCGGAUUUAAAUCCGAUGUUUUCGCAUUUAUUUUUUCUUUAUAUUUAGUCUCAAGUAGAACAAUUAAGAUAUGCUUUAGAACAAUUUAAUGAACAAUAUAUGCAAAUAGUAGAGUUUAAAUGGUUUCUUACGUCGAACGGUUUUCGACAAUUAUUAGCUUUACUUGGUCGAAAUCAACAAGGCAUUGGAACAAGUUCACUUGCUAUUUGGGUUAAAAAUUGUGAAGCUUUAUCUAUAUCUCAACAAGCAGUUGCAGCAGCAGCAGCAAGUAGCGAUGUGUCACAAUUUAUUGAUGCAAUUUAUACUAAAAUAGAUGAUGUUUCUGGUGAAUUUAUUGAUUGUGAAGGAAGUGGAUUAUUUAAAUUACAAAGUUGUUUAAAUCAUAGUUGCGAUGCUAAUGCUGAAAUACAAUAUCAACAUAAUAAUUCAACAUUAUCUGUCGUUGCAACACGAUUAAUAUCGAAUAAUGAAGAAAUUACAAUAAAUUAUUUAUCUGAAUGCGAUCGAAAUCGUUCAAGACAUUCAAGACAAAAACUUCUUCAAGAGAACUACUUGUUUCUAUGUCAAUGCAAUCGAUGUAUAUCGGAAAGUUCUGAACCCGAUGAAACAAGUGAAGAAGAAAGUGAAAAUGAAAUGGAAGAAGAUUGA